AUGCAAAUGAUGCUCUUUCCAAGAACAAAAAGGAGGAGGAGGAGGAGGACAAUGCUCUCCAGCGGCAGCGGCCUUUAUCCUGGGACUGUCGGCAUCGACCUCAUUCUUCUAGCCCUGCCCGCAGUCUUAGGCCAGGCCAUCGACCCCAUGGCGCAACUCAUGGAGACCGCGUAUAUCGGCAAAUUAGGGGCUCUGGAGCUAGCGUCUGCUGGUAUUGGUGUCGCUAUUUUCAACAUCCUAUCCAAGAUUUUCAACAUCCCCUUGUUGAGCAUAGCAACCUCAUUUGUGGCCGAGGAUAUUUCCAAGAAUGCUAGCAAGCAUUCUACUUCAGGCAAACUGGAGCUGCCAUCCGUGUCGUCGGCUUUGGUUUUAGCUGCUGCUAUUGGUACAAUCGAAGCAUUGGCAUUGUUCCUAGGAUCAGGAUUGUUUCUUAAACUAAUGGGCGUCUCACCUGUCUCUCCGAUGUAUACAUCUGCACGGCUCUUUCUUUCGCUGAGAGCCUUAGGAGCACCUGCAAAUGUGAUUAUGUUAGCAGUGCAGGGUAUCUUUCGUGGAUUCAAGGAUACCAAGACUCCCGUACUUUUUAUAGGUUUGGGGAAUCUUUCAGCUGUGGUUCUUCUUCCGCUACUUAUAUAUGGUUUUAAGCUUGGUAUAACAGGAGCCGCAAUUUCUACAGUCGCAUCCCAGUACAUUAUUGCCAUUUUGCUUAUGUGGUCUCUAAGUAAAAGAGCUGUUCUGCUUCCUCCAAAGAUGGACCAGUUAGAGUUCGGUGGAUAUUUAAAAUCUGGUGGCAUGCUAUUGGGACGAACCCUCUCAAUUCUGUUAACAAUGACCAUCGGUACAUCAAUGGCUGCUCGACAAGGCCCAACAGCUAUGGCUGCUCAUCAGAUUUGUUUGCAAGUAUGGCUUGCUGUAUCUCUGCUUGCAGACGCCUUAGCAGUUUCUGCCCAGGCUCUGAUUGCAAGCUCUUACGCAAUACUGGACUACAAAAGGGUCCAGAAGGUUGCGAUGUUUGCUCUGCAGAUAGGACUAGCUAGCGGGUUAGCUUUGGCAGUUGGCCUGUAUAUCUCAUUUGGCAGUAUAGCAAAGCUAUUUACCAAUGACCCUCAGGUCCUAGCGGUUGUGAGCUCCUGUGCAUUGUUUGUCUGUGCCAGUCAACCAGUUAAUGCCUUGGCAUUCAUCUUUGAUGGCCUCCAUUAUGGCGUCUCCGAUUUUGACUAUGUCGCUCAAGCUACGAUUGUGGUUGGGGUGAUAUCAUCGUUGGUCUUGUUAUAUGCUCCACGUGUCUUUGGCCUGGCCGGAGUUUGGGCUGGUUUGACAACACUCAUGGGAUUGCGCAUGGCUGCAGGCAUCCUGAGGUUGCUAUGGAAAUCAGGACCUUGGUCAUUUUUGCACGAGGAACCUGCAGAAACCAAGUUGCAGGCGCAGCCCUUUGCAUCAUAA